UACACUUCCUCGUAGCUUAGGACCAUGGAAAGCGGACAGAUGACCUCGCCCCCAGCUGGCGCCGGCGACGUUUCUCCGACCGGCAACUUCCCAGGUACAUCAGCGAGCAGCAAGAUGCGCAAGAGGACAAAGACCGGCUGCCUCACGUGUCGAAAACGUCGCAUCAAAUGCGGAGAAGAACGCCCUACUUGCGCCAACUGCAUCAAGUCUAAGCGUCAGUGCGAGGGCUACAACCAGCGGGUCAUAUUCAAGACUCCGAUUGAAAACUGGCCGAACCACCCUGGUAAUGUCAGUACUAUACAGUACCACACCUCGAUGCUUCCUGGUACUCGAAACCAGUCUUAUCAUCCGCAUCAAUCACAAGACGACUCACUCUUGUCGAUCCAGCCACGGCCGUUGAACAGCUUCGAUUUCUCCGCUAUUGAAUCGAGUGCAGAAGUACAACUAGCCACAUCCCGGCAAGCUAUUGGAGUGGAUCCUCACAACUAUGCUCCAGGGACGAGCUAUCAGCAUCCAUUACCAUCACCACACCAUCAACAACCACUCAUCUCGCCACGUCACCAUCCACAGAUGUCACCUGCAGCAUCAUACUUUCCUCAUCAUGCUACGGGACACCCCAGUCCAGUACAAUAUAAUCACGAGCCGACUGUCAGCUAUCAGUCUUCUCCUCGAUAUAGCCAGGACCAUACUGCAUAUCCCCAGUUGCCCAUAUCGUACAACCAGAAUGCCGAGACAACAUCUGCCGUCUCUCAAGAUAUUUCGCACUCAUCACUUUAUCGGCGCCAGUCCGCAACCCAAGCGGACGACCAAAACUCGUACCACUCAUAUUCUAGUGUGUCACCACGGAGUGACCACUACAAUACAUACGCUGAAGCUCGUCCCGUAUUGCAGCGAUAUAACAGCCAUCCACAGUCCAGUAUGGAGCACAUACAAGGUACUUCGGCAGCUAUGAGCCAAUAUGGAUCAUACAACUACCCGACAGCAGUUCUUCGUGAUGACAUUAACCAUUCUAGCUAUUCUUCUACUCAGAUACCCAUUCAUGAUUUGACACCGGAUGUAAAGUACAUGCAGCAGCCCGUUCUCGGUAUGUCUCAUGUUUAGUUACAUACGUCUCACUUGCAAUGACUAUUAUUAUCUCCCUUCCGCGUCCAAUCAUAUAAUUUUCUCUUCUC